GUCACUCAGCGCAACUUGGACAACUACAUAGGCGUAUAAGGCUCUCUGUUUAAACCGUUCUAGGAACAGAAUUUUUUUGAUUUGACAGGUGGGAGUAGGCCUAUAUUCGAAAAUUAAGUCAAGAUUAAUACUGUAUUGUUUCUUGGUGUGCUAAAAUCUUCGACGAGGGAAAAAAAUUGUGAAAGAUUUACACGAAAAGGGAGGACACGGAAAGAAAGAGGAUCUACAGGGAGAACCCUACACCUCUUACCCUGAUCGUCUUCUCCUGAACAUCAACUGAUUUUCAUCACCAAUUACGUCACAAACAUACUGACCAAUAGAAGAAAAAAGCGGCCAUGUUGUGAGGGGAUAAGAAUUUGAACAGAGACAACGACACCCUCUUUCAGAACCGUAAAAAACAAACAACCAACCACGUAAAUAACAUCAGCAACUACGAUCAAAGAGAAAAGUCGAAUCCACAGGCGUCCUGUCUACGAUAUCCCUGCUUCGUCCAGCGGUUGACCUCGUCAGAUUUCCCUCUUGGUUCAUUCGAGAAGCACAAUGACCAAGUUUGGACUAUUUCCUUGCCUGACUCUUCCAGUUUUGGUUAUUCAGAUCUCACUGGUGUACUCAAUCUCAGUCCACCUAAGAUACAACUCUUCCGAGCUCGAAAACGACCAGGUCCCACAGAGAGUCAACAUUUCCAUCAGUUCCAACGCAAAUGUGGACACAAAACUGGAGCUGUCGCGAAUUCCAGAUGGUUCGCCUAAUGUGCCUUUGUACACUCUCCGUGUGGGGGCGGACGGGAAGUACGAAAGUGGGAGGGAGAAGCUCAAAGACAGAGAGCUCCGGAACGUAUAAAGAGAGCUCCAGAGAUAUUGCAGUCAGAUCCAGAAGAGCAACUGCCAUUUCUGUCAUUCUUCAAACGAGCUUCUCAAAAGAAAAUUCAUCGCUCACUGAAAAUGAAGGGCGAAAUUUCAAAUAAAAAAGAUUCACGUAUACCACCGUCUGACUAUGAGAAUCGAUACCGACGACAGGCAAAUACAUACUAUGUGGAUGUGGUUGCAGUUGUCGACUACGGAAAUUACAAAUUGUUUUUGAAUAACGCCGAUAACAGAGAGGAGGCUUUGAAGGACAUUCGGGAAUUUUACGCCUUUACAAUGACGGAUUGUCGCACUGACGGCUAUAGGAACUCUGCCAGAAAUCUGCACCAUCAUGUAUUGCUUAGACAGUAACGACAUUUGGCAGAGUUGCAGAAGGGAGCUUGCGGCCAGGGGAACUUCUUGUGGCGUUGGAAAGAUAUGUAUCAACGGUGCAUGUGUGUAUGAAGGAUAUACUGAGCCAUUGGACGGACGCGCUGCUGUGCUUCCUGCAAGGCACAUUACAGACCAGUUCCUAACUGUGAGUACGGCGACAAGAGGAUAUUUUGUCGGCGCAGUGCUUGUGAGUACGGGACUAGCAUCCUCCUGGACCAGUGUUGUCAGACCUGUAGUGACCGUAGACCCACUACCACCACCUCCACCACCACCCACACCACCUCUGUCACACCGGACCCCAACUUGACAACAACCAGAAGAACCACACUCAGAGUGACCACGCCUCCCCCACGGGUGACCACACCACGACCAGUGAGAACAACCAGAGGAACUACGCUCAGAGUGACCACGCCUCCCCCAGUGGUGACCACACCACGACCAGGUAUGUCCAGCACUCUCUGUGCUUGUGCCAGUUAG